AUGAGCCAAGAAUACAGUUUGAGGGUUUCAAGAAUCAAAGGCAAAGUGUGGAUUGAGACCACAAAUGCUAUUCUAGCUGAUCUUAGAGAUAGGUGGUUCACUUUACUACUUGAUGAGGCUCGUGAUUGUUCGGUGAAAGAGCAAAUGAUAGUUGUUAUUAGAUAUGUGAACAAACAUGGAGAGCUGAUUGAACGAUUUAUAGUUGUAGUUCAUGUUGCAACAACUACAAUUGCUUGUUUGAAGGAGGCAAUCGACUCUUUGUUUGCUAAGUAUGGUUUGUCAGUGGCGAGAUUGAGGGGUCAAGGAUAUGAUGAUAACAUCAACAGUCGUAGUCGUUUGAAGAGAGAUGGAAAAAAUGUUCAUUUUUAUCACUACUACCAUGUUGAAAUCUUUUGUGAGGUUAUUGAUAUUAUUCUACAUGAGAUUGAUAGUCGUUUCUCUGAAACAACUACAGAUUUGCUGAUUUAUAUGUCAUGCCUUAAUCCUAGGAACUCAUUCUCUAGAUUUGAUGUACAGAAGUUAGUGCGUCUGGCUCAUUUUUAUGAGAAUGAUUUUUCUUGGAAUGAGCGUAUGUUAGUUGAGCAAGAGCUUGAAACAUAUAUUGAUGAUGUAAGAUCAGAUGAACGAUUUGAAGGCAUUUCAGAUUUGGGAGCUCUUGUAAAGAAAAUGAUUGAAACAAUGAAGAACUGUGUGUUUCCUUUAGUUUAUCGGAUGAUUGAGCUAGCCUUACUUCUUCCAGUUGCUACUGCAACCGUUGAAAGGGUGUUUUCGGCAAUGAAUAUUGUCAAAAUAGAUUUGUGA